UCUCGUUUCGAAAAGAAAAAAAAGGAAAAGUAAAAAAGAUAGAAGAAUACCUACCUAGGUGUCUAAACUACUGAGGUAUAUCAAAGUUUCUCCCAGCAAGGCGGUUGGGGUUCUACGGUUCCUUUGUCCUUCGUGGACUAGUAUAGGGAAAGAAAAGAAAAAAAAGGUGGAGGAGAAGGAGGGCGCCUGGUUACUUAGUCGGAUUACUGAUCGGGCCUGUUUGGUCUAGUUCGUUUCUAACUAUUACGCGCGCUUUUUUUGCUGGAGAGAGAGAGUAUUUCUUGACGAAGGUGAUUCACGAAAAGAACAAAAAAACAGAAAGACACAAAAUGCGAGUUCGUCUUGGGAGGGAGUCCGAUCAUACUUCGAAAUCGAUUUCCUAUUCAGCUCUCGAGAUGUCGGACAGAAGCAAGAUGCGGGUACCCGAGCCUGUCCGAAUUGGAUUGGGGUUAUUUGUAGCCCUCAUUGCAGUGCUGACUAUCUUGGGCACAUUCGUAUACUCCAUGAAAUCCUUGAUGGAAGAUUGUGGAGAGCUGUCUUGCAUUAAAAUAGACGGGAAGUUCAUGUCAAAGUUUGAAUACCAGCACAAGGAAGCCUUACGAAGAGAAAGACUCUGUGGUCCUGUGACUGUCUCUGGCGGAGAUUCAAACCAAAAUCAUGCACUCAAUGCUGAAGGCCUCCCUGACACAAAGGGUAAUCUGCAAUCCACGGUCGGUGCGGGAAAGGGAAAUGAUGAGACGGUACGCGGAAAAGUCGCUAAACCUCGCGUUUGGAAUACACAUGGCCCUGGGUGGGAUCUUCACGUACAGUUGACUUCUUGGCCUGCCGAGCGCACUGUUUCGAACCUUGACUGGGCCAUGAGAUGGGAAAAGGCGACAAAAUGCCUCUCUGUCCAAGAAGCGGAUAAUCCGGAUAUGUUUGAAAUGGACGAAAUCGCUCUCCAAGCCUUUUGGGAGAGAGUCUUUGCCUGCUAUCUGCCCUAUGCUCAUGGUGGAUGAUACAUACCUUUACUCCGGCGUAUUUCAGGAAAACGCUUGGAUUUUUGCUCGACUGGCUGAUGCCCUGGAGUUUAUUGCUGGGGAUGAUAAUGUUGAGGGAGACUUUCUGGUAGUGGGUUAGUUGCUUUUUUUUCUUUUUUUUUUCCCCCAGGCCCAUGAUGGAGUAGGAUAAGUGGGAAAUUGGGAAUACCCCCAUGCUUUAUGUAGCUUUUAAGUGCAGCAUAUCCGAUAGCUCACUGGUAAUAAAAUUGUGAUAGCUUUUUGUCUUUUAGA